GAAACAAAGGAAGAAAUAAGGGAAGAGGUAAAGGAAAAGAUAAAGGAAGAGAUAAAGGAAGAGGUAAAAGUUGACGAUGAUCACUUAAAUGGUGAUUCUGCCGCCGAGAUCAACAAGAUCACAGAGGCUAUCGUCGAGGUUAGUAACACGCCGCCUGUUGACGCCAUCGACGAAAAGGCGGAACAAGAAGAGACAAAAGAGAAUGGAAAAGAUGCGGAAGAACCAUCUGAAGUUCUUUUGGCGAAGAUUAAAACACAAAUAGAGUACUAUUUUGGCAAUGUAAAUAUGCAGAGGGACAAAUUUCUCAUUGAACAAACAAAACUGGACGAAGGCUGGAUUCCAAUGACUAUCAUGUUAAACUUUAAAAUGCUGGCUUCUCUCAGCAAAGAUGUCGAUGUAAUUCUGAAAGCGUUGGAAACCAGCGAUCUCAUGGAGAUAUCUGAGGACAAGAAAAAGAUACGUCGCUCUCCAAAGUAUCCCCUACCAGAGUACAAUGAAGGAUAUAGGAAAGCUCAGGAAGCUCGAACAGUUUAUGUCAAAGGCUUUCCGUGCAAUGACACAACUAUUGACAAAUUGAAAGUCUUUUUUGAACCGUACAAGCCAUUUGAAACGAUUGUGAUGAGGAAAUAUCAAGAUAAAGAUAAAGUUCUUAAGUUUAAAGGAUCUGUUUUUGUCCAGUUUGAAACUUUUGAUAUCGCUAAAGCAUUUAUGAAUACAGAAUCUAUUAAAUAUCAAGAUACUGAGUUAAUAAGGAAGUGGGCUGCGGAUUAUUAUGCAGAAAAAGCACAAGAGAAGGAAGAACGUAGGAAAAAGAAAGAAAAACCAAAGAGAUCAACUACAGAGGAAACAAAGGAGAUCGAAGAUGACGAAACAGAGCAAACAUCUGCAGGAACAGAUAAUAAAUUGCCAAAAGGUUCAAUUAUUUACUUUUCUGGUGUUUCCAAGACAUGUACAAGAGAAGAUGUCAAGGAAUGUUUAGACAAAUUCGAUGCUGAUAUUGCAUAUAUCGAUUUCCAAAGGGGACAAACGGAAGGUUGGGUACGUUUGCAGGGAGAAAAUGCUGCCAAACCUUUGUUAGAAAAGACGAAUGAAGGCAAGGUGGUAAUCCAAGAUGUUGAAGUUACCUGUAAAAUGCUCGAGGGUGAGGAAGAAGACAAAUACCUCGCUAAAGCGAUGGAAGAUAUAGUAGCUUCAAAGAACAAAUACAAUAAAUCCAAGCGAGGCGCUAAGAAAGGACGUGGCGCACGGGGUUCGAAAAAGAGAGGUAACAGUCCCUCGCACGAUACAGUUCCUGCUAAGAAAAGAGCUAUCGAAUAAGAUUGAUUUAUCCUGAAACCUUCAAAGUUACAUAGUGUAUAUUACACUUUAUUUUCAUUGCAUUAACGAAUUACAUAGAGAAAAGGAAAUGUUAAAUUAUGUCUAGCAUAAUUUAUCAUAUUUGAAACUGAUUUGCUUUAAACUUUUCGUUACAUUAUCUUUUCAUGUAUAUUAUUUUAAAUACUUUGAAAAUAUAGCUUCGUCUAUAUUUAGUUAGAUGCGUGCGUUAUGUUUAAUUAUUUAACAUUUCACCGACACUGACCUAAAAUUUAAAAGAUGAUAUGAUAAUUUUGCCACUUGACGGACGAUUAACAAACAAAAAUCGCCAUAUAUUUUUAUAAAUUGGCAUUUAUUGUUGUACAGUGAAAUUUACAAAUUGGUUUUUUUCUCUAGACUAUAACACGUAUUUAAAUUUCACUGUCGUUUUACGUGCGUCAAUACUACCUUCACGCAAGUAUCACAACGUGUUAAAGAUCAUAUCAUUCGCGAACAGUUACUUUGAAAAAUUAUACGUAAUGACGUAUGUACGUACUUAAAACUAUUGUAAUCGGCAAUAUGAUUUUACGCGACACGGAGUCUGUGCAUAUUACGCUACAUGGUAUUUAAUUACAGCUUUACGGUCUUACAUUAUAUUGAUACAUAUGUAUAGUUUCAUGUGCCGAGGAAUCGUACGUAUCGAUUAGAUGAAUCUUAUUUCUUUAGACAGUCUCAAUAUUUAAUGAUUUUGAAACUCAUUCUAGGUGGAAAAAGAUAUUGUUUCUUUUUCUAAUUAAUGUAAGAUAACAGUUAAAUUGUUAGAAAAUUCAGUUCUUGUAUUAUUUGUUAUCGUUCUGUACGAAUAAAUUUCAGGUUUACAUUCCUUAUACCACAAUCUCAAUAAUCAAGAUAUAAAUGAUGAUAGAAACAUUUUAGUACGUAAAAACCUGUCAGUGGUUGUGUUUAUAUUUUCCGUUUUUCAUAUUGUUGUGCCUGAUUUUGUUAUAUUGAAUACUAGCAUAAUUAUAUUCCAUUCCAUUAUAUCCUGAGAAGCGCAUUUCAUUUUCGCGCGUGGACUGAUUUAGUUGCAUACAAUGACGAGGAUGAUUUUCAAAACUUGGUAUCUGUGUUGUGUAUAGCGGUCUCGGCGAUCUCAGGUCAUGAAUAUUAAUUCAGGAUUAAGAACUCUCUACAAAGACAAAAUGUAUCUCUGCAAACACGAGCGCGAUCACGUCUUAGGAUAUUGGUCGUGGAAGAGAGAGAGAGAGAGAGAGAGAGAGAGAGAGAGAGAGAGA